CUUCACGCGAUCAAUAUUCUGACUGUAUUGUACGUAUCGCUGCAGUCAGUCAUAACUACAUUCCUUAUACAAACAUCAUUUUAACCAUCCUACCGGCCGUCCAUUUCAUAUUGUUGAGUGGACCCUAAGAUUUGGAUAUUCCUAGUCCCAGGCUGUCGGACCGAAAUGAAAGAAUUCCCUUGAUCGUCUUCGGUCUCUGUCCAAAAACACUGCAGCAAAAUGGUAGCCGAAGGAGAACAGACUGACGGAAAUUCCAGUUUUUUAAGAGCAGCAAGGGCAGGAAAUUUGGAUAAGGUUUUGGAAUGGCUGAAAGGAAGCAUAGAUAUUAACACCAGCAAUGCAAAUGGAUUGAAUGCUCUUCAUUUAGCAUCAAAAGAAGGUCAUAUUAAUGUUGUAACUGAACUAAUUAAGAGAGGAGCUAAUGUAAAUGCAGCAACAAAGAAAGGAAAUACUGCAUUGCAUAUUUCUUCAUUAGCUGGAAAACAGGAAGUGGUAAAGAUUUUGGUACAGAAUGGUGCAAAUGUCAAUGUACAAUCACAAAAUGGCUUCACCCCAUUAUAUAUGGCAGCUCAAGAAAAUCACGAUGAUGUUUUAAGUUUUCUUUUAGCAAAUGGAGCUAAUCAGAGCUUAUCAACAGAAGAUGGAUUUACACCAUUAGCUGUAGCUCUGCAACAAGGACACGAUAAAGUAGUUACUCUCUUAUUAGAAAAUGACACUAAGGGAAAAGUUCGACUUCCUGCACUUCAUAUUGCCGCAAAAAAAGAUGAUUGUAAGGCUGCAACUUUGCUAUUGCAAAGUGAUCACAAUCCAGAUGUUACUUCAAAGAGUGGAUUUACACCAUUACACAUAGCAGCACAUUAUGGUAAUGAAAAUAUCGCGAUGAUAUUAUUGGAAAAAGGAGCAGAUGUUAAUUUUACAGCAAAACAUCAAAUUACUCCACUUCAUGUUGCUGCUAAAUGGGGGAAAAGUAACAUGGUAGCUUUACUCCUUGAAAAAGGGGCCAAAAUUGGUGCUUCUACCAGAGAUGGUUUAACACCAUUACAUUGUGCUGCUCGAAGUGGUCAUGAAACUGUAGUGGAUCAACUUUUAGAAAAUGGUGCACCCAUCAGUGCAAAAACCAAGAAUGGAUUAGCUCCAUUACAUAUGUCUUCUCAGGGUGAUCAUGUAGAUAGUGCUCGGAUUCUGUUAUAUCACAAAGCUCCAGUUGAUGAUGUUACUGUUGCUGAUCCUAAUGCCAGAGCUUUAAAUGGAUUUACUCCUUUACACAUUGCGUGUAAAAAAAAUCGAAUAAAAGUUGUUGAGCUCCUGCUUAAGCAUGGAGCUUCAAUAGAAGCUACAACUGAGUCUGGACUGACACCAUUACAUGUUGCAUCCUUUAUGGGAUCUCACUAUGAUCAUGUUAAUGUAGCUUUGCUACUAUUAGAUAAAGGGGCCUCACCUCAUGCAACAGCAAAAAAUGGCUAUACACCUUUACAUAUUGCAUCCAAGAAAAAUCAAAUGGAUAUUUCUACAACUCUCUUAGAAUAUGGAGCAAAAGCAAAUACAGAGUCAAAAGCUGGGUUUACUUCACUUCACUUAGCUGCUCAAGAGGGUCAUACAGACAUGGCAACUUUGCUGAUAGAGCAUAAUGCUGAUGUUAAUGCAAGAGCUAAGUCAUACAGGUAUUUAACUGCUGAUGAAAUGAAGUCCCUAGGUGAUGACUCUCUACCAAUUGAUGUAACCAAAGAUGAAAGACCAACAGAGUCCAUGAUGUUAAUGAAAGAAUCAUCAGCAGCUCCUCUCACAAUUGAAGAAGACCAUCUCUCUCCUCAACACAGUCAAAUGAUUGAAAGUGCUUUCUAUGGUUCUUACUCUCCUGACAAUGUAGAUAUAUCACUAACUUCAGUUGCACCAAUCAGUGCUGGGUUUCUCGUGAGUUUCAUGGUUGAUGCUAGGGGAGGUGCGAUGCGAGGCUGCCGUCACUCCGGAGUGAGGGUCAUCAUUCCACCUCGGAAGGCUUCCAUGCCCAUGCGCAUAACUUGUAGAUAUUUGAGAAAAGAAAAACUUGCUCAUCCACCGCCGCUCAUGGAAGGAGAAGCUUGCGCUUCUCGAAUUUUGGAAGUAGGACCUGUUGGAGCAAGAUUUUUAGGUCCUGUGAUAAUUGAGGUGCCUCACUUCGCUUCAUUACGAGGAAAGGAAAGGGAAAUAACUAUUCUGCGAAGCGAUAAUGGCGAAACGUGGAGAGACCACACUCUCGAAGCAUCUGAAGAAGCAGUUCAAGAAGUGUUAAAUGAUAGUUUUGAAGGAGAAGAACUAAGUGCCCUUGAGGAUCUCAAUACGAAUCGCAUCACUCGUAUACUAACUACCGAUUUUCCCCAGUACUUUGCCAUAAUCACCCGAAUUCGUCAAGAAGUUCACGCCAUUGGUCCAGAGGGCGGAAUGGUGACGUCCACGGUUGUUCCUCAGGUGCAGGCCAUCUUCCCCGAGGGCGCCCUGACCAAGAAGAUCAAAGUUGGACUUCAGGCUCAACCUAUUCAACCGGAUCUAGUGACCAAAUUAUUAGGAAACUCUGUCGCCGUCAGUCCCAUAGUCACCGUUGAACCUAGGCGACGUAAAUUUCACAAACCGAUCACUCUGACAAUACCGGUACCUCAGGCUGCUACAAAAGGAAUGAUCAAUCAAUAUAGUGGUGAUGCUCCUACUUUGAGGUUAUUAUGCAGCAUAACAGGUGGAUCUUCAAAGGCUCAAUGGGAAGAUGUUACAGGUUCGACACCAUUAACUUUAGUCAAUGAAUGUAUAUCUUUCACCACAACUGUAUCAGCCAGAUUUUGGCUUAUGGAUUGUCGACAAGUAAAUGAAGCCACAAAAUUUGCAACUGAACUUUAUCAAGAAGUUAUACAUGUGCCUUUUAUGGGAAAAUUUGUCAUAUUUGCAAAGCGGUAUGACACACUCGAAGCUCAACUUCGAGUAUUUUGUAUGACGGACGAUAAAGAGGACAAAACUCUCGAAAGUCAAGAACAUUUUACAGAAAUUGCUAAAAGUAGAGAUGUUGAGGUUUUACAAAACAAACCACAAUAUUUAGAGUUUGCUGGAAAUUUGGUACCUAUAACAAAAUCUGGAGACCAAUUAUUUCUGACAUUCCAUGCAUUUAGGGAAAAUAGGCUUCCAUUCUCGAUUCGUAUCAAAGAUCCACUUCAAGAACCAAUGGGACGUAUUGCAUUCAUGAAAGAACCAAAAGUGGGAAGGGGCGAACCUCAACCGGUUCCAAUCUGUAAUUUGAACAUAGCACUUCCAGAAGUAUGCAAGAUGGAUAAUAUAUCAGAAUUGGUAACAUUAGAAAAGAAAUACUGUUUUGUACAAGAAACUGGUUUAGCGAAACCUGAACUCAUCCACCGAGCAGACUUGCGACUCUCUGAUAUUGCGCGAGAACUCGACGGCGACUGGGAAAUUUUAGCGCUGCAACUCGAUAUUUCGGAGACGGAAAUUAACUCUAUUAAAUCGGAUUACCCGGACGACGACAGACAACAGGCAUUAAUAAUGCUUAGGCAAUGGAUGCAAAAAUCGGGACCUAAAGCUACAGGUAAUAGUUUGGAAAAGGCAUUGAGAAAAAUCAAGAGAGACGACAUAGUAAAGCAAUGUAUGUUCAACGUCGAAUUAGUCACGGAUGCCGUCGAAAAAGCGGUUGCCAAAGUUCAUUUAGACCAAUCUGGAUUUGAUACAUUCAAAGAAGAAUUAGGAUCGUCCAGAGAUGCUUCCUUAAGAAGAGAAGUUUCUCUCGACGUUUCUUACGACGAACAAGAUUUGAUAAAGGAAACAGUUCACACGGCUGAAAACGGGGCAGAAAUUAUAGAGAAACAAAUAGUAUCUGAUGAAUUUGUAAAAGAACCUGCCCAGGCUGCAAAUAUAACGCAGGACCAAAGAGAAGAAAAAGACGUAAAAUACAUAUCAUCCGUUACUGUCGAAACACAAGAAGUUAUAAGAGAGAACGUAGUGAAACAAGGAGCUACUGAAACUGCCACAACAAUUGUCAUGGAAGGAGAGGAAGUCAGCGAACACGAUGUUCACGAUCACACUGCCAAAUUAGUAGAAUCCGAAACGUGGGCGUCGGAAAUGGACACCAGUCAGGUUUCCAUAUCCAGUUUGCCAGAAGACGAAAAAUCCGAACCGACGACGGCCACCAUUUCCAGCAGCAUUGCUGCCGAACCGGAAUCAGCCGCGGCGGAGGCGAGUACCGAAGAAAAAGAACAUGAUUUGGAGAAACAAGUCAUUCCCUCUGAUCAAGACGAUUCCAGUUCUCAAGAUCGUACUAUAGAAGAACAAAUUCCUGUUGAAGAGGAAAAGGUGAUGGAAGAUUUAGUAGCUAGCACUCUUCCAAGUGUAACUAAAGAAACUCUAGAAUUAGCACUGACAAAACGUUUUGAUGAAAAUAUAAAAACUUCAGUAGUUCAGAAGAAAAUGAUAUCUGAUGAAAAAGUAACUGACAUAUCAAUUUCUGCUAAUAAAAAAGAUAUUCACAAGAUUACUAAAGAAAAAGAAAUAAUUAGCGAUGAACGCAAACAAGAAGAAAAAUCGCCUCAACAUGUCGAUCGUGGACUAAGUCCGAUUGCUGUUUAUACUGCCUAUCCAGGUGAUAUUAGACGAGAGGGAAGCGAGUUCUUCAUUAAAACGUAUGAUGCUCCCACCAUGCAAGAACCAGUCACAUCUUAUUUAGGAAAAUCUAUUAAGGAAAAUAUUAUUCGCAGUAAAAGUAUAUCGAUAAAUGAAGAUACUCGGCCUUUGGAAAUUUUACUUGAUCGUAAAAUUUUAGAUAUGGAUGAAGGUAGGGCAACUUCAGAAAGUAAAUUAACUUUAGUGAAUCCACCAAUAACAAAAACUUUAGAUAUACAUUUUAAAACAGAAUCACACAUAAGAAUUACUCAUAGAACUAAAGAUGAAAAAGAAGCAUUAUCACCAGAGCAUAUUUCUCUUCCCAGUGAUAAAAACAUGGUAACAGAAAUUGAAAAUCUUCCAUCUUCUCCGGUGCUUCAGACAGAUCAAGCAUCUAGUCCUAUUAAUAUCGAAUCACCUUUGAAAACAGAAAUUAUUAAAUCUCCAAGUCUUACCGAAGAAGAUAUAUCAAAGGGUAUUGGAUUACAAGAAAGUUUCGAAUUAUCAGAAGAAAUAUAUGAAAAAUCUGAAAUAGCUACCAGUCCUAUGUCCGAUCAUCUUUUAGAUACUGGAGUCGGCACUGAAUCACCAGUCACAACAGAAACUGCAAGUAGCCCCUUUCAAUUUGAAACGAAAUCUGUUGCUGUAAGUCCUCACGAUUCCGCAGCAGAUAUAUCAUUUCCGAAAGAAGAUUCAUCUACCCAAACAACAUUGGUAGAUACCGUAUCUGCACACACAAGUCCAAUGGAUUUAUCACUAUCCUUUCAGGAUGCUCUUCUAGAUCAACACAUUCAAUUAGGUGUUGCAGAUAUUGAAAGUCAAGAUGAAAUUGAAACACCAGGAACAGAAAUUUUAGAUGAUGAAGAAUUAGAAGAUAAAUUUGUACAGGAAAGUUUGCCAGAAACAAAGGAACAAGCAUUAACUUUAAAAUCAGAAGCAAUUUCAACACAAGAAAAAUUAAAAUUAAUGAAACAAAAUGAUUUUGAGAGAAGUAAAGAUGUAAAAUUAAUACAGACUUACAAAUUUGUAACAACUCAAAGAAAAGAUGUAGAUAGCAUUGAUAAAAGCAUAAAGCAGGAAACAGUUUUAAAAAGUGGCGAAAAAGUUUUUACAACAUUCAUUAAAGAAGAAAAAGUGAAAACAGGUAAGCUUAAGUGAUAACUUUAAUUAAAA